AUGGCAGGUCCAAAGGUGCACCUCUCGAGCGCAAGUGGUCCCGUGACCAAGCGCCAAAAACUGCACCUUCACAGCGAGAAAAGCUCGUCCGCCGUUGUCCGCCAGUCCAACAUCUUCGCGCCUUUCCGAACCGUUGGCCUCGUUUCUCCUACCAGUGUCCCUUUCACAUCUCUCCCACUCGGCAAAACCACCUUCCAGAUCACCACAUCCGUCGGCCGCUCGCUGCAGACGUACGACCUCAAGCGCGGACUAACCCUUGUCUUCAUUACCCGCCCGCAGACCCCAGAAGAAAUCACCGCGACAGUGGCAUGGAAGAAGGUCGUCUUUGCCGCCUGGUCUGGUAGUGCGCGCAAUGAAACUGCGAGGGGUAUCUGGGUGUACCAGCGCGGCAAGAAGGUCGCCGAGCUGGAGCUGCCGCAGGGUGGCAUCGAGAAGAUCAGCAGACUCGUAGUAAUGGGCGAGUGGAUUGUAGGCUGUGGAGCCAACAAGGUCGACGUCUGGAAGACAGCCACGCUGGAGCAUUACACCACCUUGCACGGCGCAUCGUCGAGCAACUUGUCUGGCUGCAUCUGCAAUAUGCCGACGUAUCUGAAUAAGAUCUUCCUUGGCCAGCAGGAUGGCUCAGUCGAGAUAUGGAAUCUGAGCACCGGAAAGCUGCUCUACACGCUCCUGCCGCCUGCCGCCGACUUCGGUGCCGUCACCGCAAUGCAGCCGACGCCCGCUCUGCCGCUCCUCGCAAUCGCAUACCGAUCAGGGCCCGUCACGAUCCACAAUAUACGCACGGAUAAGGAAGUCAUGCGCUUGAACACUGGAGGCUCGCAGAAGUUGCCGGUGACGUCCAUCACCUUCAGGACGGAUGGCUUGGGGGCUGGCGACGACGGCCGUGAAGAUGGUGUCAUGGCCACUUCGAGCAGUGAGAGCGGUGAUAUCACUUUCUGGGACCUGAACAAGGGCGGGCGCAAAAUGGGCACACUGCGGGGAGCUCAUAGUCCACCGCCAUCCGCUAGUGGUGGCGUUGGUGGCGGCAUCAGCAAGGUCGAGUUUCUCGCUGGCCAGGCAGUCAUCGUUUCCAGUGGUCUUGACAACUCUUUGAAGAGCUGGAUCUUCGAUGAGACCCCCUUCUCGCCCCUUCCUCGUAUUCUGCAUUCACGUGGUGGACACGCUGCUCCAGUUUCGACCCUGCGUUUCUUGCCUUCGAAUUCCGAUGGCUCUGAUGAUACUGGCAAAUGGCUGCUCAGCGCAAGCCAGGACCGUAGCCUGUGGGGAUGGAGCUUGCGACGUGAUGGGCAAAGCACAGAGCUGAGCCAGGGUGCAAUCCAGAAGAAGGCGAAGAAGACGGGUCUGCUGAAUGGCAAUGCCGAAGGCUCAAGGCACCACGCGAAGCUGGAGGACCUUAAAGCCCCGACCAUCACGUGCAUGGCCUGUUCGCUCAACCGUGAUGGUGGCAUGGGGGCAAUGCCCGGCGUUACUGGCAUCUGGAACAACUCGUCCAAGGUGAAAGGGCAAGACAAAAAGGCCUCAGAGGUCAGCAUGACUGGCUGGGAGAGCAUUGUCACUGGUCAUGCCGGCGACAAGACGGCGAGAACAUGGUUCUGGGGACGCAAGCGGGCAGGCAGGUGGGCUUUUGACACCAGUGACGGUAGUCCAGUCAAGAGUGUUGCAAUUUCGGCUUGUGGUACAUUUGCGCUAAUUGGUUCUACUAAUGGAGCAAUUGACAUGUACAAUCUGCAAUCUGGACAACACCGACGAAGGUUCCCGGCACGCUUGACGCCCGCCGAGGCAAAGAAGUACAAGUUGCAACAACUGCAAGCCGAGGACAGUACGCUUGGAACGGACAUGGAACUCCCCCGGAAGUUUGCCAAGGGCGAAGGCAAGCACAAGGGAUCAGUCACUGGUCUCGCCGUGGAUGGUCUAAAUCGAACCGUCAUCAGCAGUUCGGAUGAUGGCAAAGUCAAGUUCUGGGACUUCACUACGGGUACCUUGCUCCAUGAGAUUGAUUGGUACCCAAUGACUAAGGUUUUCGGUCUACGAUACCACCACAAUAGCGACCUAGUAGCUUUGAGCUGCGACGACGGCUCAAUACGUGUCCUUGAUAUCGAAACAAAGAAACUCAUUCGUGAGCUAUGGGCUUCCCGCUCACAUGCAGAGCUGCAGACGCUCGAUUACAAUUUUUCAAACGAUGGUCGGUGGAUUGUCUCCGCAGCAUCAGAUUCGACGAUCAGGGUGUGGGACCUUCCCACUGGCCACCUCAUCGAUGCAAUGAAAUUACCAAAGAAGUGCAACACCGUCGCUUUCUCGCCUUCAGGUGAGUUCCUCGCCACAGGUUUGGACGAUGAAGUUGGUGUGCAUAUCUGGACCAAUCGAACCCUGUUCACACACGUCUCAACCCGGCAAAUCAAGGAGGAAGAGAUUGCCGCCGUCACUGCACCCACUGCGUCUGGCGAAGGUGGCGUGGCUGUCGUCGAAGCCGCUGCGGAAGAAUCUGACGAAGAAGAAUUUGAUGAAACUACAGUUCCCGUCAUGGAUCAGCUGAGUGACAACAUCACGACACUUAGUCUUGUACCCAAAUCGCGUUGGCAGACUCUGCUACACCUCGACGUGAUCCGUGCGCGUAAUAAGCCAAAGGAGGCACCGAAGGCUCCAGAAAAGGCUCCUUUCUUCCUGCCUGCUGUAGGUCAAGACAAGACUUCGACUACAGACAACGCUUUGGCACCUCUUAGUAAAGAUCCGGCUUCCCGCAUCUCCAGUUCCGCCUUGACUUCGCGAUCAUCAGCUGCGACGGCGACAAACGACUUUACACGCCAUCUUGCCCUCGCGGCCGUCACGGCUGAGUACACUACUCUACUCACCUACCUUUCGUCCCUUCCGCCAUCUGCGGCAGACAUUGCAAUUCGUACUCUUGAUACGACAGAGCCAUAUACCGAGCUCCGAACCUUUAUUCAAGCGCUCUCCGCGAGGCUACAGGAACGGAGAGACUACGAGCUUGUGCAAGCAUGGAUGAGUGUAUUCCUAAGACUACAUGGCGAUGUCGUCGUCCAAGAGUCGGAUCUUGUCAACGAGCUGAAGAAGUGGCAAGACGAAGCAAAACGCGAGAGGGAAAGGGUUGGUGGACUAGUCGGUUACAGCGUGGGUGUGGUAGGCUGGGUGAGAAGCGCUCGAUAG